CCACAGCCGCCAUCCCGGCAGUCAGCUCUGUGCGGAGCUGUUUAGCAACUCGCGCCAUUGAUCACUUAAACAUCCUGCUGAGCAGUGCCCCGGCUCCUCUGCAGCCCUGACAGGCCUCUAACAGUCCCAUGCUGGCUAACCUCCCAACCUGUCCUUCCAAUGAGAUGCCAGCUGGCCCACCGCCGCCACAGCUCCACCACAACCAUCAUCAUCCAGGGGAGGCUGGUUGAGUGAAGACGGUGCAUAGAGGGGGAGAGAAAAGCAUCCUCCAGCAGCUGCGCCUCUCAUGCCUCCUUUCCUGACGCCGAGCGAAGCCUCUCCCAUACAGAUGAGCGCCUGGGAGCCACGCACCUCUUGACGUAGCCACAGACCGUUUGCGGUGCCACUCGGGCUCCGUCAGCACGUAUUGCGCAACGUGAGCGCUGCUUAACUGCAUCCGCGGCGGGGAAACAUCCUGCUCCCACCGUCGCGUGAAUCCACCAGGAAAAAGAACAAGUGGUCUCGCAACGCCGAGACGACACCUCCGAGGAGCUUGGAGGAGAAGCCGUUCGCCGCCGCUGCUCACCGGACUGAACCAUCCCCUCGUCGCUGCCGCCGGGAGAGAUGAGUUGAGCGCACAGCGUCGGCGGUGCAGUCGUGAUGGGACUGUGAGAGCGCACGAUCCUCCACCGCGGUAAGAAUCGCCAACAGCAGCUUGACGACUUUAUCCACCAGGACAUGAUGGGAACGGUGAGAAUUUGAGUGAGGCUGCAGCUGAUGGCUUCGUUUGACAGCGUGCAGUCAGUGCAGCAGCAGCAGCAUCCGCGGAGCGAGCCGUGGCCACAGCUGGAAUAGAGAAGCAAUGUCCGUGGGUACCGAGCCUCCCUCAGCCCGUUGUCAGCAGCGUCUGUGUGCGCCCACGGUUAUCCGCCCCGGGGGUUUUCACUAAAGACGAGACACACACUGUCCCCCCCUGUGAGGAGGAGGGCAUCCACCUGGAGGCGAAGAGAGGUCGCUGUUUGAGAUAAGGCCGGGCUUUCUGCAGCGCCUUCCCCGCAUCCUCCGGCGGCGCCUCUGUGCCGCCAGCGCUGCGCUUUUUGACUUAAUGGUACUGGACAUCCAAACCAUCCCCACCUGAGUCUUUAAAUACCUUCACAGCCACAGUCAGUCGACGUGAGGACCAGAGCAGCGCCGCGUCUAUGCACCUCACUUAGGCUGCACCUCCCCGGAGAGGACUUCUUGCCAUUGAGAGCUGGAUAUGCAGAGAUUAACGUGAAAGAAAGGAUGGAUCUAAUUAUCUGUGUUUUGGGGCUGCUGGCGCUGAUCGUGGAGGGCAUCCUAUGCCAAGGAGUGUAUGCACCUCCGACUGUUCGCAUUAUACACUCAGGGCACGCCUGUAAUGUGGAGGAGGAGCGGCACACCGAGAGAGUCUACACCAUCCGAGACGGAGAAACCUUGGAGCUCACCUGUUUGGUUACGGGUCAUCCUCGGCCACAAAUCCGAUGGACCAAGACAGCCGGCAGUGUGUCGGACCGCUUCCAGGACUCCAGUGUGUUCAAUGAAACGUUGCACAUUGCAAAGAUCCUGAGGACCCAGGGAGGUCGCUACUACUGCAAGGCAGAGAACGGUCUCGGCUCGCCCGCCAUCAAGUCCAUCAGGGUGGAUGUCUACUACCUUGACGACCCAGUGGUGACCGUGCAUCAGAGUAUAGGAGAAGCAAAGGAACAGUUCUACUACGAGAGGACCGUGUUCCUCCGCUGCGUGGCCAACUCUAACCCGCCUGUCCGCUACAGCUGGCACCGUGGGAGGGAGGUCCUGACUCAGGGCUCGGACAAGGGUGUGGAGAUCUACGAGCCAUUUUUCACGCAGGGGGAAACGAAGAUUUUGAAGCUGAAGAACCUGCGUCCUCAGGACUAUGCAAACUACAGCUGCAUCGCCUCUGUCAGAAAUGUGUGUGGGAUCCCCGACCGCAGUGUCAUCUUCAGACUCACCAAUAAGACAGCCUCCCCAUCCAUCAAGCUGCUGGUGGAGGAUCCGAUCGUGGUCAAUCCUGGCCAGACGGUAUCGUUGGUGUGCAUCACCACAGGUGGGGAGCCUCCCCCCAUACUCACCUGGCUCAGCAGUAAUGACAGCCUGCCGCAGAGAAGCGUAGUGAAGGGGGGUACGCUCACACUACCGGCCAUCUCUUCAGAUGAGGCGGGGGUGUACAGCUGCGUGGCCAGCAACAAUGUGGGAAACCCGGCGAAGAAGUCCACCACCAUUGUUGUGCGAGCUUUGAAAAAGGGACGAUUCUGGAUCACUCCUGACCCCUACCACAAUGACGACAACAUCCAGAUUGGACGUGAAGUCAAGAUAUCUUGUCAGGUCGAGGCGACCCCACCAGAGGAGCUGACGUUUAGCUGGCUGAAGAACGGGCGUGGGCUGCGGAGCUCGGAGCGUAUGGUCAUCACCCAGACGGACCCUGACAUCUCCCCAGGGACCACCAACCUGGACAUCAUAGACCUCAAGUUCACCGACUUCGGCACGUACACCUGUGUGGCUGCUCUGAAGGGAGGAGGCAUCCCCGAGAUUAGCAUCGACGUCAACAUCUCCUCCACAACUGUUCCCCCCAACCUGACAGUCCCCAGGGGCAAGUCCCCUCUGGUGGCCCGCGAGGGUGACACAGUGGAGCUGGAGUGCCUUGUUUCAGGGAAACCCAAGCCCAUCAUCCUGUGGUCGCGAGCGGAUAAGGAGGCGCCGAUGCCGGACGGCAACUGGCAGAUGGAGAGCUACGAUGGUGUGCUGCGUAUUGUUAAUGUAUCCAGGGAGAUGACGGGCUCGUACCGCUGCCAAACCAGCCAGUAUAAUGGCUUCAACGUGAAGCCCAGAGAGGCCGAGGUGGAGCUGAUCGUACAAUACCCGCCGACUGUAGAACCGGUUUACUCCGAGAUGCGUCAGGGCCUUGGGAGACCUGUGGUGAUGACCUGCAGGGUGCUGCGAGCCCACCCCUCCCGUGUGCUAAGGUUUGAGUGGCUUCUCUCAAACCGGCUACUCCACGCCGGAGCCUUCGACGCUCAAAAAGAUGAGACAGAGUACACGAUCCGCAGCCUCAAUCGCGACGGCUGGGGGGAGUACACGUGUAAUGUCAUCAACGAGGCCGGUGCAGGCAAAUGCACCUUCGAGGUCACAGGGAAGGCCUACGCCCCUGAGUUCUACUAUGACACCUACAGCCCUCUGUGGCAGAACAGACCCAGAAUCUACGGCUUCAAACUCCAGUGGACCCAGAUGAACCCCAACGCCGUGGACCGCAUUGUUGCCUACAGACUUGGCCUCAGACAGAUGGGGUUGCAGCGCUGGUGGGAACACGAGAUCCCUGUGGAUGGAACAAUCAACAAAGGGGAGCUCAUGACUCACAACCUGACUGAGCUGAUUAAGCCUGAAUCCUUUGAAGUGCGCCUCACCCCUAUCACACGGUUCGGAGAGGGUGAUUCCACCAUCCGCAUCGUCACCUACAGCGCUCCCAUCAACCCUCAUCUGAGAGAGUUCCACUGCAGCUUUGAGGAGGAGCCCAUCUGCAUGUUCACCCAGGACAAGAACGAUGAUUUCGAUUGGACACGGCACAGCGCUGCCACCCGUGACACCAAGUACACACCCAACACUGGGCCUAGUGGUGAUCGCAGUGGUUCCAAGCAGGGUUUCUACAUGUACAUUGAGACGUCGAGGCCACGGAAGGAAGGGGACCAGGCGCGGCUCGUAAGCCCCUUCUUCAACGUAGCACCUAAAAACCCCUACGGUAUCACCAACCCACCCGCCUACUGCUUCAGCUUCUUCUACCACAUGUAUGGAAAACACAUAGGAACACUGAAUGCCUUCCUAAAGCAGAAGGGCCAAACGACCUCAGAGGGUCCUGUGUGGUUGCUAAGUGGUAACCAAGGUGACCGUUGGAAGCAGGCCAAAGUAAGCAUCCACCCGACAGCGUCCUUCCAGGUGGUACUUGAAGGUGUCCGGGGACCAGGUAUUGAAGGAGACAUCGCCAUCGACGACGUCACGCUGGAGGAAGGGGAGUGUCGAGACCCUCCGCCCAAUCUCAGCUCUAAGGCUCCAUCAACAUCCUCCCAUAUAUGGCUGCUAUGCAUCACCUUGGUGAUGACCCUCCUAGAAGGUCAGAGGUGACCCUCCUCUCCGUCACCUCAGAGGCAAAUAUUCAGACCCACCGUCUGUGAGCUAUCCUCGGCAUCCAAUCACCAAAGAUUCAUGCAUCCUGAAAGCAGCAGGGGUCCGCUGAUGGACCGCGGAGGGACCGAAAUCAAUAAAAGAAAGAAAAAAUUGUGAUGAAAAAGUUACACAAAAAUUAAUAAAGAAGUUGCGCUAAUUUUUUUAAAGAGACCUCUUUUACAGAAAACACUCCUCGGUGCAGGACUCGGGAGCACGAGCACAAAGACAGGUGGGCAACGAGUGAAGCCUGGACUUUGGUGAAAGACUUCUCAUGCGUCGAGGGAGGACAGUUUGUAAAGCACAAGAACUAUUUUAUGAAGUCAUGAAAAUAUCUUUGGAAGGCAGCGGAAUAUAAACACUGCUGACUUUUUCAAAAGGAAAUAACAUUUUCCUUCUAACGAAUACACAGAGUCAAUCUUUCUCUGUGUAUCUUUAUCUUCAUUUUCUUGCACCAGAUGCCAAUCCCCCGACACCUGUUUUUCACUCGAGCCUAGCCUCUAUCACACCCUGGCAUUUCCUUAUCUGCUUGGUGCUGUACUGUAGAAAAACAAGGACUCCGGCAACUUUAAGUUCUGUCUGCUUACUCCCCCUGUAGCUGCCUAUGUAUCUUUUAACACUGUGCUCACGAGUCCAAGUGGCCAACCGACGGAAUGGUGGCAGAACAAUAUAUGAAGAGGAAGAAUCAGCGAAGGUGUAGACAGCUGGACUGGAGGGCAGAAGAAGGUUCAAGCUUCUGAGUUGAAAUAAGAGGAAGAGGUGGAGAGAGGGCAGAGGGAGGAACAGGAGGAACAGGCAGAGAGAGGUCCGAUUAGUCAGGCCUGACUCCGACAUUCAGUCAGCGGUCCACCUGUGGAGCCGAAGCCACUUUACUUUCUGCCAUGAAACAAAGUGCCUUCAGAUUACAAACCGAAUCGUGAGCCUGGGCGUUAAUCAAAUUCGAACACAUCUCUGUUCAUGUUUCCUCUGAUGGGCUAUUUUCUACAUGUUUCUUUUGCCCCACAAGUGCUGAUGGGAGGACACGCGUUCAGAGGGGAGUACGGGGGGUCGUGCAACACCUGGAUCUUACUGCUGACGAUGGGACAGUUGCCAGUGUGUGUGUUGUAUGCGUGCGUGUGUGUGUCUGUGUGUGUGCAUGCGCCUAAGCCUAUGCCUACGCGUUGUUCAGUGUGAGGGCAGCCGACCAGGUGGUGCUGGCAGACCCCAAGCACAGAUUUGGAAACAGUUUGGAUCAAAAGCAGCGGCAACGGUGAGAGUGAGAGUGAGGCCCUGGAUCUUUUUUGCAUAAGGACAGUUUAAGAUCAUGCAGGAGGAUAAAGACACUUUGUUGAAUUAAUACCCCACUCUCUUCCCAUAAUUCUCCCUCUCUCUUUUUUUUUUAACAAAAGAAAAGAACAACUGCUGAAUAAAACAUUGUGUUGUACAGGGAGGAGAGUAGGAACCUUUGGACUGCAGGCUCUUCAUUAGGGUGAUUGGCCUCGCCCCUGUGCUCCACCAUUUAUAUGGAACAAUAUGAGAAUAAAAGAUAAUAAUGACCAUAAUAAUAGUCAUGAUAUUUUAUUACUCUAGCGAGAAUGUUUCUCUGCUUUUACACAAACUGUGAAGAUUGACUGUGGAAGAUCUACCUGAGACCAUAACCUUAACCAGCGGGGUUUUUAAAAAAUGUAUUGUAAAAAAGAGAAAAUAAGAAAAUGAAAAAUUCCGUUCAUUGUUGGUUAUGACAAAUGUUUUGAGGACUUGUGUCUUGUUUCUUAUUUUUUCUGUUGAAGAUGACUUAACUUCCUUUCUCUUCUUGUUGUCUCCCUUUGCAUUGCUGAAGUAUCAAAGCCGAUGGAAGCAUAAGAACCAAUUUGGUAACUGUAUAACUUGUAAAUGUUAAAGAAGCUCUAUUCAAAGGUUUAUGAUAAAUGUUUUAUGUUGGAGUACAGGAAGCACAACAGUUCAAGGUCUCAACAUAUAAAAUCCAUUUCAUAUUUCUCUGCACAUGCGUGACCUACUUUCACAGAUUCAGGCUUCUCCACACUCUGGAACGAAUUCACACUUAACAGCAAGUUGUUCAUUUUUUCCUCGUUAAAUUCAUAUUUAUAGUGCGACCACAAUGCAAGAGAACACAAAGGGAAGCCGGUCAGUGGAUGAGAUCUUCAUGAAUGCUGACGGGACUAAAGGUUCACAGUGUUGUGGUUGUUCAGCGUAUGUAGCCUCUUCAGUGGAAGCCUGGGUUCAUCCAAGUGGGUCGCGUACAUGUGUGAGCAUAAAGCUGUGUACAAAUAAGUGUGAAAAGAAACUGAUACAUGUAAAGAAGAUAAAUAUGUGAAGCAAAACAGAGCAGAAUGAUGAACAUUUCAGGGCAUCCUUACCAUAGCAUUAUGGUCUGUAUGAUAUUAUUACAGAGAUGUUGGUAUUAUAUGCUGUCCAUUUCUGAUUUUAGUAAUUUCAGACUUGUUUUUUUUUUUCCAUAAGGCCCAGAUCAAAAUGAAUGUAAAUGGAGUUCUGGGGAAAGUUGUUAUUUUUUUCUUACAGUCGUACCAGAUGUAAUGUUUUACUAAAACAUAUGUUAUUUUUACGGGGAUGUGCUUUUGAUGAUGAGAACCUACAGACUGUCCCAGGCUGUUUCAGACACAUCAAGAACAGGACGUCCAUCCGACCUUGACACGGACUUUGACGCAACUUCCAAAAGUAGAAGUUCAGAUAAAAUCAUCUAUUAGCUCUAUCACUCUGUAGUAUAGUAUGAUUAAAAGUGCCAAAGUGCCCCGUGUAGUUGUCAGUGUUACUAGAGAUGGAGUGUCUUAAGGACGAUUUGGGAACUGUUUCUUUUAAAGCCACCCUGAGCACUUGGUCUCCUAUUCAUGAAAUGGGCAAUUUACUUUUAAACAAAUUGUAAGAAUUUACAUGACAUUAUUAAAAGCUAUGGUAUUUGGUAUUGUUGUCAGUGGUUUAAGGGAACAAUGUUACAUUGGUCACAUAACUGCCUUGAGUUUGAUUUAUUAAUCC